GACACACUCACACAUACGGCUAAAUACAAACACACACGCACAUGCGAUAUACACUCUCGGUUCUGUAUGGACUCGUUUCCCCUUGCGAGAGGUGGGGAAAAUGAGAGGGGUGGGCUUCAGUGACUGCAUAUAACAACCGAAUCACACUGAUUUAAGCGUAACUAUCAUGACCAAUGUAAAUUCAGUAGACUUCCUGAACUUUUGACUGGUCGCCUGCAUCAGAAGUAUUUCACUUGGCACCCGGCGUCUCCUCCGCGUGGGUUUGAACAGUACAAGUGUUCGGCUGCUGAAUGUAGGCCAAAGGGCAUGAACAAAAGCGCAGUAACUGAUGACAUGGAGAUGCAGAAUGAUCCAGAUUUGCAGUUUAAACUGGCUUAUCCAGAUUCAGAAAGAGCUGACACAGGCCUCAAAAUCCGAGUGAGGGGCCAGUGGUCCAGUAAAGUGGAGUUUGUCUUAGCUGUUGCUGGCCAGAUCAUUGGUUUGGGAAAUGUGUGGAGGUUUCCAUAUUUGUGUUACAAGAAUGGAGGAGGAGUGUUUUUCAUUCCAUAUAUGGUCUUUCUGUUUGCCUGUGGCAUUCCUCUUUUUCUUAUGGAGACUGCUCUGGGUCAGUACACCAGCCAAGGGUCUGUCACCUGCUGGAGGAAGAUCUGCCCACUAUUUGAAGGUCUGGGUUAUGGGAGUCAGGUGGUCAUCUUCUAUUCCAGUACCUACUACAUCAUCAUUUUGGCCUGGGCUUUCUUCUAUCUCUUCUCUUCCUUUAGUGGUGAACUACCAUGGGCUAGCUGUAGGAACUGGUGGAAUUCAGAGAACUGUGUCGAGUUUGACCGAAUGGCGGGGACAAGAAACCUGAGCUUUUUGAAUGCAUCAUCACCUGUUAAAGAAUUUUGGGAGAGGCGAGUAUUGAAUAUAACUGGUAGUGUGAAUGAGCUGGGCAGUGUGAGAUGGGAGCUGGCUCUGUGUCUCCUUUUGGCCUGGAUCAUCUGCUACUUCUGUGUGUGGAAGGGAGUGAAGUCCACAGGCAAGGUUGUGUAUUUUACUGCUACAUUUCCAUAUGUUAUGCUACUGGUGCUUCUGAUUCGAGGUCUUACGUUGCCUGGAGCCAUUGAUGGCAUCUCCUUCUACCUCUACCCAAAUCCAACACGCCUUGCAGACCCACAGGUGUGGAUGGAUGCUGGAACACAAAUAUUUUACUCCUACGCUCUUUGCAUCGGGUGCCUUACAGCUUUGGGAAGCUACAAUAAGUACAACAACAACUGCUACAAAGACUGUGUUUAUCUGUGCCUGCUGAACAGUGGAACCAGUUUUGUGGCUGGCUUUGCAAUCUUUUCUGUUUUAGGCUUCAUGGCCUUCGAACAGGGGGUUGAUAUCUCAAUGGUGGCAGAGUCAGGCCCUGGUUUGGCCUUCAUUGCAUAUCCACGAGCUGUAGCAAUGAUGCCCAUGCCUCAGUUGUGGUCCAUAUGUUUCUUCCUCAUGAUUAUUCUGCUGGGCCUUGACAGUGAGUUUGUGGGUUUGGAGGCUCUCAUGACAGCCAUAACAGACAUGAACCCCAACUUCUUCCUCCAAGGACACCGUCGUAAACUCUUCCUCCUCCUCAUCUGUGUGAGCUGCUUCCUCAUUGGCCUCCUGAUGGUAACAGAGGGGGGCCUGUAUAUCUUCCAGUUAUUUGAUUACUAUUGCUGCAGUGGAAUGACCCUCCUGCUAUUUGCCAUUGCACAGUCAAUAUGUAUUGGCUGGUUUUAUGGUUCUGAUCGUCUGUAUGAAAACAUUGUAGACAUGAUCGGUUAUCGUCCUCUGACACUAAUGAAAUACUGUUGGAAGUAUGUCACUCCUACUGUGUGUAUAGGUACAUUUGUUUUCUCUUUGGUUAAAUUCACUCCUUUAAAGUUUAACAACACAUUCGAAUACCCCUGGUGGGGCUAUGCUGUUGGUUGGUGGUUCACUCUCUCCUCAACAUUGUUGGUUCCUGUAUGGAUGAUCUAUGUCAUCCUUGUCACUCCUGGUACACCAAAACAGAGACUGCAUGUCCUUUGCACUCCAGCAAGUGAUUUACCUUUGACAUCAGGAAGACAAAAAGAAACCCUGUGACCACAACACAAAGUACAACAUGUCCUAUGGCUGAUAGAGAAACAUUGGGGAUAAAAACAUCCUUGGGCUGUAUUUAGGACAACUUUUGAUAUCAGUAAUGCCUUUGAAGAUACACAUUCUCAUGAGAUCUCAAGAAGGCAACACAAACUGUAAAUGACUGUGUUUAUUAAGUUAUUGAAUUUUACGAUCAUAGUUUCUCAGCUGUAAGCAUCUAAACGUUGAUCUAAACUUCAAAACUGGAAAUGAAAAAUGUAAGCAUAGCUUCCACAUAUACCUUUAUCUGAGGGAAACUCAGUUUGGCGUCAUCCUUAAGUGUCAUAGCGCCAACAACUUUGCUGUAUCAUAAACAGUCAGAAGAUAACAGUUCUUUGGAAGAAGAUCAUGGAGAAAAAAAAAAGAUUAUCAUGAGGGACCAGCCCCAUUGUGGAUGGACCAAUGUUCAUUACAGUUAGUAUAUGAUUAGAAAUUGUUGGAUAAUGUGUUAUUUUGAGUUGGAGAGAUGGUUUGUAAUGGUUUAAUCAGUGGAGCUCGCUAUGAUAGACUUUGUGCCUUGUAAAAGAAGUAAAAGGCAUGUUUGGUUCAUAUCAAACAUGUCGCAGUGUAACAGUAUUUUAGAAUAGUAAUGUAUUUUUUACAUUUCUGUGCGUCAAUCAUGCAGCCCUUUUCUGUUGUGUACCUAUAGGCAAGCACUUACGUUUUUAGAUAGCAUUAAAGAAAGUAAAUUAUGUUAUGGGGGGUUAUUAUAUUACAAAUGUUAAAACAUUCACUCAGCAUUUCAAGAAAAUAGAACCAUAUUUUGCUACUUAAAUCUGCUUAGAUGUGCAGUCUGUCUAUAUUUUAAGUGAAAUGCCUAAUUUAAGGGAAGGUAAUUUAAUCUUAUCUACAUUUUUAUAACUGAUACACUAGAAAGGCCAGUGGUUAAUAAUGUUUUAAUAAAUUCUUUGUUUAAAUCAAUAGUCGAAUGACUGUAAAUGAUUGCUGGUUGAAAUGGGUUGACAGCAGCUUGUUUUUGCUGUAAGGAUUGUUUUGAAUCACUCAAGCAAAUAUUAGACAACUAGGUAAAAGGUGAAAGCAGGAAUUCUAGGAUUAAAAUGGUUAGAGAAUAAUGUUAGAUGUGUCAGUCGUGACAGACUGUUAGUUAUGUACUGUACUGCUGUUUUACUGAGGUGUCUUAAUAUGUCUUUAUCAAUGUAAUUGAUUUGAUUACAUUUGUAUGUAGUUUAUGUAAUGACAGACAAUGAAAAUUCUACAGUUUGAACUGCCAUUUCAUUUUCACAGUUACAAGUUUGACCGUUGGAGAUUAAAGUAAUUUGAGUCUAUAGCAUGAUAGUGGUACUAAGUUGCGUUUUUAAAGUAAGUUUGAAAAUUUUAAUCAUUCUCAAGAAUGACAAGUUGGUGAUGGUGCCCUUCUUUAGUGUACAAGUUAAAGUGAGUUAAGGGCUAAAGGCCUCUAUUUGCAAAUAAACCAAAAAGGCCACCCAAACUGUUUGGCAGAGGAUGAAAAAGCAGGAUGUUUGCACUGCAAAAAAAGGAAUGCCUUUCUUAUUGAUUUGUAAAGUGGGCCAGUUACAAUGUAGAUUCAUCUGUGAAUUGUGCCUGUACUCAUUUUGUUACUCUUACACAGUUUGGGUUAAAGCAAAAAAAAAAUAGAGUGAUGAAAUGCCAAAGUGAUUAAAUAAACAGAACAUUUCUAUGCUA